AUAUCUUAUUGAACCUAUCUAUUUGUCUAUGAUUACUGCAAUAUCUUUCCUUUUGAUGCAGGAAUUACAAGAAUUUUACUCCGCUGUGGAAGAAGCAAAGGCUGAUAUAGUUGGCCUUUGGGCAUUGAGGUUUUUAAUCUCCCAGGAUUUGCUUUCUGAAAGUUUAUUGAAGUCCAUGUAUGUUUCUUUUCUUGCUGGAUGCAUCCGCUCAGUACGUUUUGGUUUAGAGGAAGCUCAUGGAAAGGGACAAGCAUUGCAGUUCAAUUGGUUAUAUGAGAAAGGAGCCUUUGUAUGGAAAACUGAAGGCACAAUUUCUGUUGAUUUUACCAAGAUUGAAGGAGCGGUUGAAAGCUUGAGCAGGGAGAUACUCACCCUACAAGCCAAAGGGGAUAAAGAGGCGGCUGGUUUACUUCUCCAGAAAUACUCCGUGUUGUCUGAACCACUGAAAGUUGCUCUCAAAAAGUUGGAGACUAUUCAGGUACCUGUUGAUGUAACUCCGACCUUUCCAAUUGCCAGCAAAAUAUUACAAUGAAGGAAAGAGAAGCAAUGUGCAAAUUUUCGAUGCUGUACCAUCUUUUUGUAAGCCUGUCUUUGAGCUAGUUGUUACUGUGUAAUGAUGGAAUACUUGUUUCUUUUGGAUGUUGCUGUUUACCGUUCAUUGAUUCAAAUAAAAGCAAUCGGUCUCUUAGACGUUGUCUUAAUUACAAUGUUGUUAUUACGCUAAUGAUGAAUGACCGAACUUACAUUGAAUC